AUGGCUAAGCCCAACGCCCCUAAAUUAUCACUAAAAUCCAAGGGUUUUCGAGAACAGAAUAGCAGCACUUUCAGUAUCUCUCGAAAUCGCGGACUUUCUGAUGUUUUGGAUCGACGGCAGAGAAGACAGACAAGCUCAUUCGGAGAGGAUGAUCUUCGCGGCCUGCAUGUGCCACGUGAACGGCCCCAACCCGACGUUCGUCUGGCUUUAGCGGACAGAGCAGGCGGGAGGGAUGUGGAAGAAGGUAUCCAUCCUCUCAGCAUCUUCACAGACAUCGAUCAAGCCGUAGGUGACCGACCAUUACAUAUCGUCACGUGA